ACGAAGUUCUGGACUUAUCGCUGGACAUGCGUUCCUACGUGGAAGACAUUGUUGCGGAAGAAGAAGCAGUGAACGGGAUCGAUCUCCCUGUUUCCCAGCAGGGUGAAACACAAAACAAGGCUCCAAUAGCCGAAGCCAUGUUCAAUCUCAUGAAGCAGUACGAUCGUCGAAGUCUGAGUCAUGUCGAGUCUCCCUUGGGAACUCCAAUCCGUCCUGAAGGAAAGAGAAGGCGUCGCGAAGGGUCCUUUUCUUCCAAAGGAAUCGAUCUAAAGAACGAAGUUCAGUCUACGCAGAUCAUCUUAACUCCGAUCAAAGCGUCUCCCAGUCAGCAGAGGAAGCACAAGUGCGGGUUUAUUCUAUCUCCCGUGCGCAAGAGUACGCGUCUUAUGAAGCAGCAGAAGCAGGACAUUGUGAGUGAUAAACUGGUAAUGACAACAUACGCAUAUGCGAAUAAUGAGUACAUUAAAAACAAACCGAUUGAUGCAUGCUAUCGUUUCUUAUAA